AUGGUGAAGCACGGAGCUCAUUCAUACCUUUGUGCGGAGGAACGACGAUUGAAAGAAGACAGAGAUAGAACAAAGUAUUGGAAGAAGUGGGGACCGUAUCUCAGCGAGCGUCAAUGGGGGACAGUUCGUGAGGAUUACUCUGAGAAUGGUGAUGCAUGGACCCACUUUCCUCAUGACCAUGCAAGAUCACGCACCUACCGUUGGGGUGAGGAUGGUAUUGCUGGUGUGUCCGAUUCACAUGGUCUUCAAAACAUCUCUUUUGUCUUCUGGAACGAACAGGAUGAUUUCUUGAAGGAACGCUUGUUUGGUCUCUCGAACCCCCAGGGAAACCAUGGAGAGUCCCUCAAAGAGGCCCAUUUUCAUCUUGACAACACGCCCACUCACUCGUACAUGAAAUAUCUUUACAAGUACCCCCAGCGGAAGUUCCCUUACAAGACCCUUGUCGAGGAGAAUGCAAAGCGCAGUAGGGAUGUUCCGGAAUACACACUCCUCGACACAAAUAUCUUCAAGGAUGAUCGUUACUGGGAUAUUAUCAUCGAAACCGCCAAAGACACUGAAGAUGAGGAGGAACUCCUUUUCCGUAUCACUGCCUGGAAUCGCGGUCCAGAACCUGCACCCCUUCAUAUCAUCCCUCAUAUGUGGUUCCGUAACACUUGGUCAUGGGGUCAUGAAACACCAGACAAAAAGCCCGAGAUCUCCCAGAAGUCUCCUUUUCUCGCAGAGUCAAAGCAUUGGUCUUUGGGGCCUAGGUACAUGCAGCUUUCGCCAUCUCCUGGUGUUGCCGCGGAAUCCGAUGAUGUGAUACCACAACUUCUAUUCACGGAGAACGAUACCAAUUUCGAGGUCUUGUACGGCGGAGAGAAUGAGCAACCAUAUGUGAAGGAUGCCUUCCACCGUUACAUUGUAGACGAGGAGAAAGAGGCAGUUAACCCAGCACAGAAGGGAACAAAGGCAGCAGCGUGGUACGCUUUCGAAGAAGGAGAUGGUAUUGCGCCUGGGGCUUGUGCAGUAGUCCGAUUCAAGUUUACCAAAAACCCCAACAAAGGUAAUGGCGAUAACGUUGCUCCUGACGCCGAGAUUGAUGAAGCCGGAAUCGACGAAGAAGAGUUUGAUGAUAUGAUUGAGCGUCGUCGGUCAGAGGCCGAUGAGUUUUACUGGCGUAUCUCGCCUCUUCCCAUGGCGGAUGAUCUCAGGAACAUUCAGCGUCAAGCAUUGAGUGGUAUGUUAUGGACAAAGCAGUUUUAUCACUUUAUUUGGGACCAAUGGGCGAAUGGCGACCCUGCACAGCCGCCACCACCUCCAGGAAGAAAGGGGAUUAGAAAUCAACAGUGGAGACACAUGCAUCUGGAUGAUAUCCUUAGUAUGCCAGAUUGUUGGGAGUAUCCCUUUUUUGCGGCGUGGGAUACAGCGUUCCACACAAUUCCGUUGGCGAUGGUUGAUCCAGAUUUUGCAAAAAAGCAAUUGGAUGUGAUGACCAGAGAAUGGUACAUGCAUCCUAACGGACAGAUUCCAGCUUAUGAGUGGAACUUUGGGGAUGUCAAUCCUCCAGUUCAUGCCUGGGCCGUGUUCAGAACAUUCAAAAUGGAGAGAAAACUAUAUGGCAGAGAGGACCUUGACUUCUUGGAGCGCGUCUUCCAGAAACUCUUGCUCAACUUCACAUGGUGGGUCAACCGCAAGGACUUUGACGGCAAGAACGUUUUCGAGGGUGGUUUCUUGGGACUUGACAACAUUGGAAUCUUCAACCGUUCUGAGCCGUUGCCUACAGGAGGUGUUUUGGAACAGGCCGAUUCCACUGGAUGGAUGGCGUUCUAUUCGCUGAACAUGUUGAACAUCGCCCUCGAGCUCGCCAAACAUCGGCGUAUCUACGAAGACAUUGCAAGCAAGUUUUUCGAACAUUUCAUCUUCAUCAGUGAUGCGAUGACAUACAAGGGCGACGGAGAAGGUGGCGAGUCAAGUCUGUGGAACGAAGAAGACGGAUUCUAUUAUGAUGCAAUUUCGUGGGGAGGACCUUGGUCCCAGCAGAUGCCUGUCAAGUCUCUCGUCGGACUUAUCCCGCUGUAUGCCGUUCUCACGCUUGAGCCGGAGUUGAUGAACAAAUUCCCCAGCUUCAAGAAGCGGGUGGAUUGGUUCGUUCAAAACAGGAACGAUGUUGCUGAGCGAAACAUUGCAAGUAUGUCCAAGAGAGGACAGGGAGACCGAAUGCUGCUGUCCCUCGUAAGCAAGGACAGGCUAGUCAGAAUCUUGGAAAAGAUGCUGGACGAAGAUGAGUUUUUGAGUGACUACGGUAUCAGAUCACUAUCGAAAUACCACAAGGACAAGCCGUAUUCCAUGAACGUGAACGGACAGGAGUUCAAGGUGGACUAUGUCCCAGGUGAUUCAAACAGCUCGUUGUUUGGUGGAAACAGUAACUGGCGAGGACCCAUUUGGCUCUGCGUCAAUUUCUUGCUCAUCGAAUCUCUUCUAAGAUUCUACAUGUUCUACGGCGAUGAGUUUAAGGUUGAGUGUCCCACGGGCUCUGGUGAAUACAUGCACCUUGGGCACGUGGCCGAGGAAAUCCAGCAUCGUCUGCAACACAUCUUUGCGCAGGGCGAGGAUGGGCGCCGGGCAUGCAACGCCGGUAACGAUCUCCUCGACUACAACCCGCACUGGCGUGACAACCUGUGGUUCCACGAGUUCUUCCACGCAGACGAUGGCCGUGGUUUGGGAGCGUCCCACCAGACGGGUUGGACAGGGUUGGUUGCAAAGCUGAUCCACGACUCUGGCAUCAACUGCCGUGUACCCCAAACCCCGCGCACACCCGGCACUGCCGCAAACCACUACUUUGACGAUAUAUUCUCCAGAGUCAACAAGCCGAAGCCCUACAUGGGCCGGCGCCAGUCAACGAGGAGUAUCGACGCCAGGAGUGACUGGGGUGGCGACGAAGACGAGGAGGAGAGGUUGGCGAGGGAGAGGGACGACGAGGAGGUGCUGGGCUAUGUCAACCAACAGCUGCAGAGAGUCAAGAGCAAUGUGUCCGUGUUUGGCGUGGAGGACGACGAGUUGGAGACGACAUGGCGUUGA